AGAAAACACAGAAGGGUGUUCCGGCUUCUGUUUCACCUGCAGAGGCUCGAGGAAUGAUCAGAAUUAGAAGCACGAGACAGCAGCAGCCUGUUCAGCGGCUUCGUCAGCGCAUGCGCAAAACAUGAUGGUGGAGAGAGCGGCCGCGACGAAGUGAAACAUAUUUCAAGUGUUUACAGUAGAAAGAAGUUUCAUUCUGGCGGAAUAAAAGACCACAAUACAGGCCAAACUUGUGGUUCCUCCUCAGUGAUGUCUUCCCCGUGGUGGGGGCAGUGGCCCCUGCUGGCCAACGAUGGUGCCUCUCUCCCUAUAUUCCCGGACAACAGUAGCUGCUUAGGCCCCUCUCAGAACUCUGCACUCAGCGGCCCUAACUUUGGGGGCGUGCCAGUUGUGCUACUGCUCGAUUUCUCUGUCUUCCUGGUGUUACUGAUCCUCUUCUCCUUCAUCAGGAGGAAGUUCUGGGACUACGGGCGUCUGGCAUUAGUUGCAGACACAGAGGGGUUCACAGAGUCCAAACACCGCCGCUAUGGACGCAUGUCUUCUGUUUUGUCCAGCGUUGAAGACCCUGAGUAUGAAUUGGGAUUCUGCUCUUGGUUGCCUUACAUCCUCAGAAUGGAUGAAGAAAAGAUAAAAGCCAGAUGUGGCAUGGAUGCUGUUCACUACCUGUCCUUCCAGCGUCACCUGAUAGGCCUUCUGAUCGUUAUUACUGUCACCUCACUGGGGAUCAUACUCCCUGUAAACCUGAGCGGAGACCUGCAGGGCAAUGAUCCACAGAACUUCGGAAGGACAACCAUUGGAAAUCUCCCUGCAGGAAAUGACUUGUUGUGGCUGCAUACAGUGUUUGCAGUCCUGUACCUGGUCCUGACACUUCUACUUCUGCGGCACCACACGUCUCAAAUCAAAGGCAUGCGCAGAGAGUCUGCCAGGAACACUUUGUUUGUGUGUUCAGUUCCUAAAACAGCAACAGAGGAAACUGUCAAGACUCAUUUCACAGAGGCGUACCCUUCUUGUCGAGUAUGUGCAGUGACUCUGGGCUAUGAUGUGGCAAAGCUCAUGCACCUUGAUAAAGAGAGGAUGAGAGCUGGAAAAAACCUGCGCUUCUACGAGCGUGUUUUAGAGACUACAGGAAAACGUGAGCUGAUUAACCCCCGAUUGUGUGGUCACCUCCGCUGCUGCGCCCAAUCUGAGAAGGUUGAUGCCAUAGAGUACUAUUGUACAAAAGAAAAAGACCUGCUGGAAGAAGUUAGGAUGCAGGUAGGCCUCGUGCCAGAGCGCCCCCUAGGGAUGGCCUUCGUCACCUUACAGACAGAGGCCAUGGCCAAGUUCAUUCUGAAAGACUUCAAUGCACUCGAGUGUGGCGGCACAAGCUGCUGCGGGAGGGUCCGCCAACCGUCAUCCAAUUAUGAAACUCUGAAAGUGAACAAGUGGUGGGUCAGCUUUGCACCGCAUCCCAAAAAUGUGUUCUGGGAGAAUCUCUCUGUGCGAGGUUUCCGAUGGUUCAUCCGCUACCUGAUGCUCAACUUCUUCCUCUUCUUCCUCCUCACCUUCCUCACAACUCCCACUAUCAUCAUCAGCACCAUGAACAAGUUCAAUGUGACAAGGCCUAUAUACUACCUUAACAGCCCGAUCAUCACUCAGUUCUUCCCAACUCUCCUGCUGUGGGCUUUCUCUGCACUGCUGCCAACUAUAGUCUACUACUCCACACUAGGAGAGGCACAUUGGAGCAGGUCCAGUGAGCAGCUGAGCAUGAUGCGUAAGCUGUACUUCUUCCUGCUCUUCAUGGUGCUCAUCCUGCCCUCGCUAGGACUCACAAGUCUUGCUGUGUUUUUUCGCUGGCUGUUUGACAAAGAGUUUCUCGCAGGUGGGAAACUCAGGUUUGAGUGUGUAUUCUUACCUGACCAAGGAGCGUUCUUCGUCAACUACGUGAUCACGGCUGCCCUUGUCGGCUCCGGGAUGGAGAUGCUGCGCUUACCAGGGUUACUGCUUUACAUCAUUCGUAUGGCAUGUGCUCGCUCUGCUGCUGAGAGGAAAUAUGUCAAGCAGAACCAGGCGUACGAGUUUGAGUAUGGAGCCAUGUACGGCUGGAGCUUGUGUGUGUUCACCGUCAUUAUGGCGUACAGCAUCACAUGUCCUAUCAUUGUGCCUUUUGGUCUCCUCUACAUGAUGCUGAAGCAUCUGGUGGACAAACACAACAUGUACUUUGCCUACCUGCCUGCUCGGCUGGAUCGUCAGGUCCACCUGGCAGCUGUCAAUCAAGCUCUGGCCGCGCCCAUCAUCUGUCUGAUAUGGCUGUACUUCUUCUCUGUCCUCAGAACAGGUUUCUGGGCUCCCACGUCUUUAUUCACACUUGUGGUUUUGUUCAUCACUGUCUUCAUCUGUGUUGGCUACACCUGCUUCGGCCAUUUCAAGUACCUCAGUCCUCACAACUAUGAGGUGAAACAGGAGGAUGAGGAUACAGCAGAGGGAGUGGAGGACAACACCACGGUCUACCUCCCCCGAGUGCUUAAUCCCAAAUCUCCUGCCAGCACCCCACAGGAGGCAAAAGCUGAGAAGUGUUACGGCUCUACAGAAGGAAGCCCGACCUUCAACGCCAGCCCAGUGGAGGGAAGCAUAUCGGAAGCUUGAAGCAGCUCUUUUCCAACUCUGAUGCAUCAAAGCUUUGGAUUUAGGAUCCCUUCUACUCCUUAUCUUGAAUUUGUUUACAUCACAAUAAUGUCAACAUUGAAGUUUGAUUUCAACUCAGACAUUCAAAAUGCUCUCUAGAUGUUACUAGAGAGGAAAGUGCAGUGGAUUAGAAACAUCCACCAUUUAGGAAAAUAUGUUGUGUAAAAUAUUUUAAUCAUUGUUUGCACUUGAUCAGCAAAGCGCGCACAUUCUUUGGAAACCUGCUUUGCCGUCUUAUGUCCGCCAUUGUUUUUUUUUUAAUGAGACCUCUCUGAUAGAAACAACUUCACCAAGUAAUGUUCGGCCACAAUUUCCUGUCAAAUGUAAGCCUUCCUUUUUGCAUAAAAUUACUGAAAUUAUUAUUUUUUUGCACAUGCCAAAGCUAAUUAUUCAAGUAUUAGCAGGACAAGAUAAUUAAGCCUGUGACACUGAUGCCAAAGAAGUAGGCAAGCAGAGCUUGCUGUUCUUUGUCCGGUUUAUAAUUCUUCACAGUGCCUUUUUUUAAUGCCAGAGGACAACACAUGCCAAGGGAAUAACUUAUUGCCGAAUGUUAAUUAUAAAAUUUGUGAGAAGAGAGAAGAGAAUCGUGUUUACUAACAAAAGUUUACUAUCUUUACAUUUGUAGUUAGACAAUAGAACAAGUAGCUGUGUUUGUAUAGUAGAAGUAGCAACCAAGAUUUCAUCAACAAUGGUCUAAGCCUACAUUUUCAUACAUGUGAGAUCAGAUGUUUUAGCAACAAUGAAGGAAUGUUUUAAACAGGUCGGUAUAUCAUUAUUUGUAUUUCAUAUACUGGUACAUUGAAGUUGUGUUUUACUCUUUUAUUUUAAUGUGCCUUUGAACAAGGAACUAACUGCUGAAAUGUAACUGUACUGUGGUCAUAGGGGUAUGGAAGUUUAACAGAUAGGAAUUCUUCUGGUUGCAUAUUUUUAGAGAAACUCAACCUUAGCGCUGUAUGUGAUGGUAGAAAUGUCAACAUUAACAGUCAAAAAAUACAAACUUUGCAGCUA